AGUAGAGACGCCAGGACACGCAGGGGACCGUGGUUCGAAUCUUUGUGCGGGCUGAUCACUUCAUUCACGGAGCUACCGUAUAUAUUAGAGGUAUCACAGUUUGACGCGCGCAUGCAGAGUGUGUAUGGAAGGGAUCACUGUUUGACGAUGGCAGAAAUGGACGUGGGCGAAAUGAAGAUGGCGGGAGACGAGAACAAGUACACGUUCAAACACAAAGCCAUGUCGGUGAUGUUGUCCGAGAUGCAGGCCUUCCAACGACAUAUAGAACACUCGAUCCUGGUGGUGAGGCGGGAGUCCUACUACAUCGCCGGGAUCCUCUGCGCUAUCACCAUGCUCAUCCUCGUCGUCGGCUCCCUCUACUGUCAUUUCCAUGGCAACCGCAGAUACGUCAGAUACACCAAGUUGUCGAGGGAUGAAAAUUCAAAUAACGAUAAACAAAAUAUUAAGUCAGAAAAUGGGCGACACAAACCAAAAUAAUGUUUUCUCCUGAAUCUAGGAAUGCCUGUACAACAUUGUAGAGUACCUGAGUUGUGUUGCUGAAUGACUGUGUUUAUUAAUGUGUUGUGAGAAUCUGAUAGACCUGCUUCUAAACGUCUUCACACGUCGUGGAUUCUGAGAGUGUCACUAAAAACCGUGUGACAUAUCAGCUAAUAUUCUACAGAUUGGAGAUAGAUCGUGAUUUCUUAUUUGUCGAAAUCCACUAGUUAUCUGUACACAUGUAUGUGUUCCGUGGUUCUGAUUUAAUACGGCGAUAUUGUGCAGUGAAUUGAUGUUUGCUUCAGCAGAACGUCAUUAGACACCAAAGUCUUCUGUCCAUUCCAAAGCAAUAGUUGAUCCAUUGAUCCAGCGCUGUUUUACCUGUGCCUUGUUGUUUACCGCCCUAAUGCUACCCCGGUGUGAUUCGAGGUGAUAUAACGCAGAGAUAUAACCCAGUGAUAUUACACAGUGAAAUAACAAAGUGAUACAACACCUGUGCCUUUGUGUGAUGUUAUAUUUAGCUCCUUUAUAAUGGCUGAUAGAGCCAAACGAUGGAAAGUGUUAAACUGAGGUUCUUAUCAUUCCACCAUCUUUCUAUAGACAGGGGUGUUGUCAACAGGGUUCUGUAGCAGCUGGAUUUGGGGGCCGAAAAGUGGGGGUUGGGAAAUGGGGGUAUACGGGGAGUUGGGGGAUUAGGAAAUGAGGGUACGCUAGGAAGUGUGGAUUAGGAAAUUAAGGUACGCUGGGAAGCGGGGGUUAGGAAAAGGGGUACUCUGGAUGGUGGGGGUUAGGAAAUGGGGGUACGCUGGGAGGGGUAUACGCUCGGAAGUAGGGGUGCGCUGUGAAGAGGGGGUGUGCCAAAUUAUCAAGCAGGUUGUGUAAUGGACCAAAAUAAUGUUUUCACAGAAGAGAUAAUCAGUACAGAAUGCUAUGAUAUAAUUACAGGCGUACGGACUUACCAAGCUCUGCGGAGGUGGCUCCUUGUCGGGAAAAAAACCUCCAAACAAAACAGUAUGAAACGCUUUACCUGGUAAAAACUAUUCACUGCGGAGACUGCUCUCUCACACGCCCAGUCCCACGCCCAGCCCCGACCCUCCAGUGUAUGCAUAGUUGAUUCGUAGUUUAUAAAAUCACACAUCUUUGGGAACGAUCUUUUCUACAUAGACUAGCCAAUAUUGUACCUCGAUAAUGAGAUAACUCUGUAUAAUGGACACGUUGUGGUGAGCGAGGUGUGUCUAAAGACAGGUGUGAUAUGGAUUGUGGAAUCCUCAACAUGGCUUGAUUCAUCUUAAUACGCUCAACACAAUCUUAUACUGAAGUGACAUCUUGUGGUGGAUUAGGAAAAGAUCUGGUGUGUUGGAAUUCCUCGGACGUUUUCUCAUCAAAAUAUAUCUAUGCAAUGUUUUCUUAUUAUCACUGUAGUACACCAGGCUUAUUUAUUUAUAUUUUCUACUGAAAUCUCACGCAAAUCCUGGCGUUUGAGAGUAUUGUGUUCGUUUGCCAAUGUUUUUGUUUUCUUUUUCUUUUGUUUUCUUUUUCGUUUUUGAGGGGGGAGGGAGGAGAGGCUUAGGGGAGAUAUUUCGUUCGUUUGUUUCAACUUUGUAAUUAUCUUGUGUCGCACACAUUAGGCAACACGUAAUUUCUAUGAAAUGUAAAAUGUAUUUAUCGCCUAUUGUAGAUAAUGUUGAUUAGUUGAUCACUGAAUUUCAACGGGUAGUUUUAUACAAACUGAACGUGACUAUAUAGCACAUACACCAAUUAGUUAUUACUGACAACAGGUCGCUUGGGUUCCCAGAUAUUUGAGAAAUGCCACACACAUUACUGAGUUAAGUGUCCAGUCACAUGUGCAUAUGUGUCACUGGUGCUAGAAAUGUAUAUAUAGUAAUACCUCUGACAUAAUGUAAUACUUUAACAAAAUACAUUGAGUGUAUACCCACGCCAGUGGUACCGUGUCGAAAUACAACACUCGGGUAACGUAGCUUAGAACUAUGUACAUGUUAUGAACAAACUGAAAUCUCUUACUAAUACUAUGGCUGUGAUAGUUGAAUGAGAACAAAUGUCAAUAUAUUCUCAGUAUGCAAUCUCGGUAACGGACAGUAUACAUUAUUGGUAACUAUCAGUAUGCAGUAUCAGUGAAACAAAAUGUCAAUGAUUGUCAGUAUGGAAUAUCAGUAUACAGCGACAUUAACUACCAGUAUACAGCGACAUUAACUACCAGUAUACAGCGACAUUAACAGUAUACAGUAUUAGUAGCUGUCCGUAUACAGCGCCAAUAACUGUAUAAAUGAAUACAAUAUCAGAAAACUAGUUGGGUAAUUGUCAGCAUACAGUGACAUUAUACUGCUGGUAUAGUGGCAGUAUAAUGUGGGUACUGUGAGAGUAUACUGAGUCAGUAUAGGUACAGUAUUCUGUUAGUAUGGUUUCAGUAUAAUGUCAUACCAUUUGUAAAUAUAGUGUUAGUAUGCUGUCGUUUGCAGUAUAAGCAUAAAGUAUACUGAAUAUUAAUAAUAAAUAUGAAUUAAUAUUAAUAAUUUCAAUACGCUGUAUACUAUGUCUGUAUGCUAUUUCAGUAGUGUCGAAAUACAGUGCUAAUAUACAUUGUCAGUCUACAGUUUCAAAUUCGGUAUUAGUAUACAAUAUUGAUAUACUGUGAUAGUAUACAAUGUCAGUAUACUCUAGUGUAUAGAGUACCCAUGUACUGUUUAUUAUCCAGUGGCAGUAUAUAUAGUGUAUAAUUUGAGUACAUUGUUACACUAACAGAAUGGUGUUGGUAUAUGUCUGUAUUCUGUGAUUUGUAUUUCUACCGGGUAAUGUCUAAUUCCAGAAGAUUUUCACUUCACUGCCUCCCUGUGUUGUGGCUGUUCGAGACACCGCAGUAUAGAGGUUUCACUGUCGUGACAGUGUAAAUGGGUUGAAUCGAUCCGCGUGCUUUCAGAUGUACGACCAUGACCGUAGGUCAUCCUCAGUAGAACCAUAUUUUGUACACCUGUAUUUUGAUAUAUCUAAAUAUUUUGUUGAAUUUUAUUAAAUCUUUCUAAUAGCUAA